CGAGCAAGUCACCACUCCCAGGACACAACACAAGCGAGUAGAAGAACCAGUGCAAAACCAUAAAACGAUAGAAGAAACCGAAAGCUGGUCAAUCGUUGAGGGCGACAAAGAGAGGAAAGCAAAAAGAAGAAACUGAAUAAAAAAUGGGGUGGAUCGGAGAUACCGUUGAUUCAGUUAAAUCCAUCCAGAUCCGCCAGCUCCUCACUCAGGCCGUCAGUCUAGGAAUGAUUGUUACAUCUGCGCUAAUAAUAUGGAAGGCAUUGAUGUGCAUCACUGGUAGUGAGUCUCCUGUGGUGGUUGUUCUAUCUGGAAGCAUGGAACCUGGCUUUAAGAGGGGGGAUAUUUUGUUUUUGCACAUGAGUAAAGAUCCAAUUCGUGCAGGCGAGAUUGUUGUUUUUAAUGUAGAUGGCCGUGAAAUUCCAAUUGUCCAUCGAGUAAUCAAGGUCCAUGAAAGGCAAGAUACUGGGGAAGUUGAUGUCCUCACAAAAGGAGAUAAUAAUUAUGGGGAUGACAGGCUUUUGUAUGCUCAAGGUCAGCUUUGGCUGCAGCGGCACCAUAUCAUGGGGAGAGCUGUUGGGUUCUUACCUUAUGUUGGUUGGGUGACAAUUAUCAUGACUGAAAAGCCUAUUAUCAAGUACAUUCUUAUUAGUGCAUUGGGAUUGCUCGUCAUAACUUCAAAGGACUGAAAGAUGAAGCAAUAUGAAGGCUUGGGGAAAAAAAAUCCAAGUAAACCAUUCUAGUAGUGGCUGUUACUAUUUUUUUUUUUUUAACUUGAGAGAAAUUUUCCCAUCUUUUUUUGAUAAAUUAAGAUGUGAUAGAUGUUUCAGGAUGACAAGCAUCAGAAUCUUGAUAGCUUUGAUACUUACAUAGUUGAUUUCCAGCCAAACUUCUUUCACAGUUUUUACCUAUGCCUGACAGCCUGUUUGAAUUGGUGUUUCAAAUGUUAAAUGUGGUUGAGAUAGAAAGGUUUUUCGUGGUUUCA